UUGGCUGAUGGGGCUGUUUAUAUGGAGCUUCUCUGACCGGCGCUGGUCUCCUCCUCUCAUUCACCACCUCUACAGCACAGGCAGCGCCGAGCAGCUUUUCUUUCAAUCUUCACCAACAUGAGUCCAAAAAAUGUCAUUUUCAAGAAAAUCUGCAAAGAUAAGUCGGUUGGAGUGUAUAUGGGGAAAAGAGACUUUGUGGACCGUGUGGACUCUGUGGAUCCAGUGGAUGGAGUCGUUGUUGUUGAUCCUGAGGCUCUGGAGGGGAGGAAAGUGUUUGUCACCCUAUCCUGCACCUUCCGCUACGGCAGAGACGACAUGGACGUGUUGGGUGUUGCCUUCCGCAGGGAGCUGUACCUGUCCACCCGACAGGUGUACCCGCCCCUGCAGGACCGCGACAAGGGGGUCCACACCAAGAUCCAGGCUAAACUUCUGCGCAAGCUGGGAAACAACGCGUACCCGUUCUUCUUCGAGUUUCCAGAUAACCUGCCUUGCUCAGUGGCCCUCCAACCUGCACCCCAUGAUGUUGGCAAGCAAUGUGCGGUAGAGUUUGAGAUCAAGGCGUUCAGCGCUGAGAGUCAGGACGCAAAAGUACGCAAACGGAGCACGGUGAAGCUGAUGCUCAGGAAGGUCCAAUACGCUCCAGAAAGCCAGGGCGAGGCACCUUCCGUUGAAACCACCAAGGACUUCAUCAUGUCGGACAAGCCGCUGCACGUCAAGGCCAGUCUGGACAAAGAGCUUUACUACCACGGUGAGCCCAUCAAAGUUAAUGUCAGCAUCAAAAACGACUCCAACAAGAACAUCAAGAACGUCAUCAUCUCAGUCGACCAGGUCGCCACGGUGGUGCUGUACUCCAACGACACCUACGUCAAAUGUGUAGACAUUGAGGAGUCCGGGGAUUCAGUUUCGGCCGGAGCGACGCUGCAGAAGGUUUAUAAGAUGCUGCCUCUGCUGGCCAACAACAGGGAGCGGCGGGGCAUCGCUCUGGAUGGCAAACUGAAGCACGAAGACACCAACCUGGCGUCAUCCAGCGUCAUCAAGGAAGGUGUGUUGAAGGAGGUUCUGGGAAUCAUGGUAUCAUACAGAGUCAUGGUGAAGCUCAUCGUUGGCAGCAUGAUGGGAUCGAGCGAGGUCGGCCUGGAAAUUCCUUUCAGACUGAUGCAUCCCAAACCAGAUGCAGUGAGGGACAGUGAGUUGGAGGAGGAAAUGGUGUUCCAAGAGUUCAAGCGCUCCUACCUGAAGGGGAUCGUCGGGGAUGAUGAGGAUGAGGAAGGCAACGUGUCGGGGGGUGACGACAUGGCGCCCAAAGAGAAGUAGAGGGGAGUCAUGGCAGCUGAAAGGUUCAGUCGACUCUGAGUUUGUGGUAGAAAAAGCUGGAACUUAAUUAAACGACCGUCCUGUAAUGUUAUAUGUUUUCUGAAUGAAUUUAAUCUGCUCCCAUCCUCCAGCCUUUCUGUCAGUCUGCAGCUCGACUGGUCGUCAGAUCAACAUGAAAUAGUUUCAGUUACAGGAGAAAAACAUGAUGAGUGAAGCAGAAGUAAGACAACAAGAACUGACAGUCGCAGAACUCUGUUAGCAUUUAGGCUAACAUUUUGCAUACCUCCAGCAACGGUCCUUAAAUUGAGAAAAGUAACCCUUUAAUAUGAUUUGUAUGAUUAUUUGUAGUGCUGUAGUAUUUCUAGUGGCACAGUUAAAAGGCUGAAUCACAUAUGUUCAGAUUAAAAGUAACUUAAACACCUUAGGGGUUGGGGUCAUGUCAUGUCUGUUUUCUACAACAACAUUUUGAUUGUUUUGUGAGCUGCUGUUAUAGUAAAGCUAAAGCUUGAAUGUCUCUAAGAUAAUAAAAGUUUUUCUGUAUUUGA